AUGGAAGAAGGACCUGAUUAUGGCAAACCCGACUUUGUGCUUUUGGACCAGGUGACCAUGGAAGACUUCAUGACAAACCUGAAGCUCAGGUUUGAGAAGGGCCGCAUCUACACCUACAUCGGCGAGGUGCUGGUAUCUGUGAACCCUUACCAAGAGCUCCCACUCUAUGGGCCCGAGGUCAUCACCCAGUACCAGGGUCGAGAACUCUACGAACGACCACCCCACCUCUACGCUGUGGCCAAUGCUGCCUACAAGGCUAUGAGGCACCGCUCUAAGGACACGUGCAUCGUCAUUUCAGGGGAGAGUGGGGCAGGAAAGACGGAAGCUAGCAAGCACAUCAUGCAGUACAUUGCUGCUGUCACCAACCCGAGCCAGAGGGCUGAGGUGGAGAGGGUCAAGGAUGUGCUACUUAACUCCACCUGCGUGCUGGAGGCCUUUGGAAAUGCUCGCACCAAUCGGAACCACAACUCCAGUCGCUUCGGCAAAUACAUGGACAUCAAUUUUGACUUCAAGGGGGACCCCAUCGGAGGUCACAUCCAUAGCUAUCUGCUGGAGAAGUCCCGGGUCCUCAAGCAGCACGUGGGCGAGAGGAAUUUCCAUUCUUUUUACCAGAUGCUGCAGGGAUGUGAGGAAGAAUUGCUACAAAAGCUGCAUUUGCAGAGGAAUCCUGCUUUGUACAAUUUCACUCGCCAGGGAGCUGGGCUCAAUGCCUUGGACAGAGAUGAGACAGGUCACCAGGCAGUGAACCAGGCCAUGAGGGUGAUUGGAUUCAGUCCUGAGGAAAUGGCAUCUGUUCAUCGGAUCCUAGCAGCUAUCUUGCAUCUGGGAAAUAUUGAGUUUGUGGAGACAAAGGAAGAAGGGCCAGAGAAGGAGGGUCUUGUGGUGACAGAGGAGAUGCUGGUGGACCAUGUGGCUGAAUUGACUGCCACACCCCGGGAUCUGGUGCUCCGCUCUCUGUUGGCCCGCACAGUAGCUUCAGGGGGCAGGGACCUCAUCCAGAAGGGCCACUCCAGGGCGGAGGCCUGCUAUGCCCGAGACGCUUGUGCUAAGGCAAUAUACCAGCGGCUGUUUGAGUGGAUUGUAGAUAGAAUUAAUGGUAUUAUGGAAGCCCAAGGCCGGGACCCUCGACAUGAUGGCAAAGACACGGUCAUAGGCGUGUUGGACAUCUAUGGCUUCGAGGUGUUCCCUGUCAACAGUUUUGAGCAGUUCUGCAUUAACUACUGCAACGAGAAGCUCCAGCAGCUGUUCAUCCAGCUCAUCCUGAAGCAGGAGCAAGACGAGUAUCAACGGGAAGGCAUCACCUGGCAGAGCAUCGAUUACUUCAACAAUGCUGCCAUCAUAGAGCUGGUGGAGCGGCCCCACCGCGGUGUCCUGGCUGUGCUGGAUGAGGCCUGCAGCUCCGCAGGCACCAUCACUGAUCGGCUCUUCCUGCAGACCUUGGACACCCACCAUCGGCACCACCCACACUACACCAGCCGCCAGCUCUGCCCCACAGACAAGAGCAUGGAGUUUGGCCGAGACUUCCGAAUCAAGCACUAUGCGGGCAGUGUCACGUACUCUGUGGACGGCUUCAUUGACAAGAACCGAGAUUUCCUCUUCCAGGACUUCAAACGGCUCCUGUACAACAGCACAGACCCCACCUUGAAGGCUAUGUGGCCAGAUGGACAACAGGACAUCACAGAAGUCACCAAGCGCCCCCUAACAGCUGGCACACUUUUUAAGAACUCCAUGGUAGCCCUGGUAGAAAACCUGGCCUCCAAGGAGCCUUACUAUGUGCGCUGCAUCAAGCCCAAUGAAGACAAAGUGCCUUGGAAGUUGGACGAGGGCCAUUGCUGCCACCAAGUUGCAUAUCUUGGGCUACUGGAGAAUGUGAGGGUCCGCAGAGCUGGCUUUGCAUCCCGCCAACCUUAUCCCCGAUUCCUGCUGAGGUACAAGAUGACUUGUGAAUACACGUGGCCCAACCACCUGCUGGGCUCAGACAAGGCGGCUGUGAGCGCCCUCUUAGAGCAGCAUGGACUGCAGGGGGAUGUGGCCUUUGGACACAGCAAGCUGUUCAUCCGUUCACCCCACACCCUGGUCAUGCUGGAACAGAGCCGGGCUCGCCUGGUGCCCAUCAUUGUGCUCCUUCUGCAGAAGGCAUGGCGGGGCACCCUGGCUCGGUGGCGCUGCCGGCGCCUGCGGGCCAUCUACACCAUCAUGUGCUGGUUCCGGCAGCACAAGGUGCGGACACAUCUGGUAGAGCUGCAGCAAUAUUUCCUAGCUGCUCGGAAGCCCCCACUCUAUGGCCGUGACCUCACCUGGCCCCUGGCUCCAGCAGUGCUGAAGCCUUUCCAGGACAUCUGCCAGGCACUUUUCUGCAGAUGGCGGGCCAGGCAGCUGGUGAAGAACAUUCCACCUUCAGACAUGGUGCAGAUCAAGGCCAAGGUGGCUGCUAUGGGAUUGCUGCAGGGGCUGCGCCAGGACUGGGGCUGCCAGCGGACCUGGGUCCAAGACUACCUGUCCUCGGCCAUUGACAACCCUACAGCCUCCAGCCUCUUUGCUCAUCGGCUGCAGACUCUCCGGGAGAAGGAUGGCUUCAAGGCUGUACUCUUUUCUAGCCAUGUCCGCAAGGUGAAUCGCUUCCACAAGAGCCGAGAUCGGGCACUUCUUCUCACAGACCAGUAUUUGUAUAAGCUGGAACCAGGCAGGCAGUACCGGGUGAUGCGGGCUGUCCCUCUCCAGGCUGUGACCGGGCUGAGUGUGACGAGUGGGCGGGACCAGCUGGUGGUACUGCAUGCCCGGGGCCAGGAUGAUUUGGUGGUCUGUCUACAUCGCACCCAGCCGGAGCUGGACAAUCGAGUGGGAGAGCUGGUGGGUGUGCUGGCUGCACACUGCCAGGGGCAGGGCAGGAUACUGGAGGUCCGUGUCUCUGACUGCAUUCCCCUGAGCCAGCGAGGAGCACGGCGCCUGGUCUCUGUGGAAACCAAGCCUGAGCAGCAGGUUCCUGAUUUCCGCUGCAGCCAUGCAGGCAUCACCCUGCUCUGGCCAAGCCACUGA